AUGUCUCCAAUUUCAGUCGAGGAUGCUCUUCGCCAAUCCGGAAAAUCGAUCAAGCAGGCAGUUUCGGCCCUUUGGGACCUUGACGAAAACCGUCUCACACCUGAAAUUGACUACUCUCUUGAUCUGCAACAACCUACUGACUACGCCCAUGCGGGCAUAGCCGCAUCCCGCCCACUCUUCAGCCAAUUCUCACCUGAAGUCUGGAAGCGGACAACCUACGGAAAGUUCCGCAACUUGUUGGGCAGAUAUGAUCCUCGAGCAUUUUCCAUCGAUACAACCGAUGACGAAGCCGACUUCAUCAGCACAAUUAUUGAGACACCCUGCCUUCAUUUUGUUCGCAGGUGGCUUAUUUCAAACGGCCACCUUCCGCCAUCUACGCUGAAAACUUUUUCUUCCUUAUUGCUUAAAGUGUGGUUUUCCGAGCAUGCAGGCCGCAAUACGCAGGCUCAAGCGACAGGCUUCCAGCAUGUGUUUUGUGGUGAGUUUAGACGAUCGAAAGGCUUGAGCGGUCUUCACAAUUUUAUUAGCGUCUUUCUAGCGGAACAGCAAGGCCAUUUGCACUACAUGGGCUACGACAAGUCCUCCCUCAAGGUACAGAGCACUGAGCUGCGAAAGCAGCACAUGUUGAAGAUUCGAUUCGGCCUUUACGGGCGUCAAAAACAGAUGUCGUCAAUGUUUUUUGGUGUAUCUCCAGAGUUCGAGGUUGGCUUGUAUUCUUUAAUGAUUCUGGCAAAGAAGUGUGAAGUUGCGACAGUGUUGGGUACGCACCACGCUGUCAUCAAGGCUGUAGCAAAGAAUAGAAGGGUCGUUACUGCUUUUCCACUACUACUAAAAGCCACCCCGGCUCGUCAAAAACGACUCCGUCCUUCGCGGCGGCAGAAGAACUCUGUGAUAACUCUAUGUGAAGAGAAUAAUCAGACAAACAAGUCGAGUAAUAUUACGGAAGUGGCGACAGACGUGUGUCUCGGCCUACAGAGACUGCGUAUUGCUUCAAAACGCACCAAACGAGCACAGUCAUCGGCCUGCGCGCCACUUCGGGUCCCAUGUAAAAAGAGACGUCCCAGGGCGAAGUCAACAACGAUGAAUCUGAGGUCGCGAAAGCGACAACAGAUGAAUACGGUGCAGAUCGGUGCAGUGAUAGACUUGGACGAGAUUGAACCGAAUCCGACGAAGUCUGUAGAAGAAGUCAUCGACUUGACACCAGGUGAUGAGGCAAGCAAUCUCGGGCAUGCGACGAUGGCGGACUCGCAUCUGGUUUGUUCCGCAAGAAGAAGUGUUAUCGAUCUCACUCUUGAAAAUUCAUGA